AUGCACUUCCAAGAAGGCUCAUCGUGCAGCUAUCUGCAUCACCUGGAAGAAAUCCUAGAAUUGGCAAUGGUGCGCAUUAUGAAUCCUCUCCUCCAUCCCGAUUGGGUCUAUCGUUGGACAUCUAUGUACCGAGCGGAAGAAAAAGCGUUAAAGGAAUUCCAUCAACCGGCGAAGAAUAUUCAGCUUCUGAUGAGAAAAUCAUCGCCCACCCUAAUCGAAGACUAUAUGACAUCGAUGAAAAGGAUCGGGCAUGUGGAUAUUGAAAUGUUCGAAAAUGAUUUAAGUGGCCUGAUUUAUGCCGGACACGAAACAAGUGCAAUUACAAUUUCCAACACAUUGCUUCUUCUCGCUAUGCAUCCAGACGUACAAGACCAGGCUGUGGCUGAGAUACGGCAACAUUGUGGUACUUUUGAUGAAGAUAUCAGUUAUGAGACGCUUCAGCAGCUCGUCUACAUAGAGAUGGUACUAAAAGAGUCUCUUCGGUUAUUCCCGAUCGCACCGAUCAUUGCUCGCCAACCAACUCAUGAAAUAGCUCUAGGAAAAUACACCGUGCCAGCGGGGGUUGAUGUUUUACUCAACAUUUUUAACAUUCACCGUAAUCCCGUAUACUGGGGAGAAGACGCCGAGCAUUUUCGGCCAGAACGGUUUGCUACAACUUACGAUCGGUCUGCGUAUUUGCCCUUUAGUGCGGGAAUGAGAAACUGUGUCGGUGCGCAGCACGCAAUGGUUUCGAUGAAAAUAAUGCUAAUUAAGAUUCUUACUUCCUAUCGAUUGAAGACGGAUUUGAAGAUAAAUGAUUUGAGCAUGAAAUUUGUGCUUACUAUGAAAAUUGGCAAUGGCUACAUGGUUCGAUUGACACGAUCGUGA